UAGAAACUAAGAAAACACAUAGUCAGUGUGUUACCAUAUUCCCCCCAUCUUCUAAAAGCCUUUUUUACUCCCUGUUCUUCAAACUUCUUUUAAUCUUCUUCUGUAUAAUACGAGUAUAUAUUUUUUCGUUAGUAAUAAUAAUAAAUCAAACAAUUUUAUUAUAAGUAAAACAUUUUAAGAAAAUGGGUAAAUGGAAUUAUAGAAGAACUUGGAGACCCAAAAAUUAUUAUCGAGAUCAAAGAAUCCCAUCUCCACCUACUUAUUAUGAUACUGAAUUUAAACUUAGAGGAGAGUGGAAAAAUGCGGAGCUACCAUGGGAAGAAAGAUUCUGCAUUUCAGUAGGAAUUUCAUGGGAAAGGGUUGUCAACGCUAAAAAGUACAUGCACUGCUACGAUAAUGUAGUGAAGUGGAAUGAUUCAGCUGGUGAAUCGGCAUUUAGUGAAGCAAAGAAACGGUUUUGGGCAAAGAUAAAUGACAUCCCCGCUGAUGUCCCUUGGCCUGAUCCAGACAUGUAUAAUAAAGAAAUCGACUGGGAUCCCAAAAUUGAUCCUGAUUUAGUGAAGGAAUUGGAUUUAGCAUAUUUUAAUCCUGACGAGGCAGAGAAACUAGAAAGUUAUAAUGCUAAAAAGAGAAAUGAUGGUUUUGGUCCUGGAUGCAUUUUGGGAUUAAAUAAUAACAAUACCUGGCGAAAUAAUGAAAAUGUUGGUUCAAAUAAGAAGAUGCAGGGUUGGGAUUGUUCCAAUAAUUCUGAAAGCAAGAAUAUUUCUGACCCUUGGGAGCGAGGAAUUGCUCAAGACGAUAAAGAAAUAAAUGACACAUGGGGAGGUGAUGGAAGUAGUUCAUGGAAGAAGGAUGUUACUUGGGGAGAUGCUGGAAGAAAUUCUGGAAAUAAUGAUAUUUCAUGGGGUGGUGGUGCAAAUAACUCAUGGCAUUGGAACCAAUUUAAUAAUCAAGCUCCUAGUAGACAAAGGGGAGAUUAUAGGGGUAGUUCUUUUGGCCGGGGUCAAUGGCGUGGUCAACAUGAUGUUGGUAACAGUCAAGGUGGUCAAAGACAUAAUGGAAGUGGUUGGGGGUCGAACAUUAGUUGUAGGAAACGAGAAGGUGAACACUACACAAGAAAUUAUAAAAAUGCUAGAAUUCAAUAUGAUGAUUAUAGGGAAGUUAAUCGGCAUCGAUGGUAACGAACUGUUGACAGAGUUUUAGUAGUUCAUGAGUCGGCAAGAUAUGGGCCAUUGCUCAUAUAGUUUUAUUUUUGGUAUAACCCUUGUUAUGCGACUGAACUUGCCAGAUAGGUACGCUUUUUCAGGUUUUUGAAUUACUUAUGUAUACGAUAUGUUUUGUCAAACACUAGCACCUUUUGGUGACAUCAAUGUAAGAUUCACAAUUUUUUAUCUGAAAUGAUAAUGAUAUAAACAGUA